ACAGAGGCUGGAACGCUGGCUGUGGGGCUCCGAGGAAAGGAUCAUCCGACCCCAGGAAGGGCCAGGAGGGAUCUCCAAGCAGGAUGACUUUGGGCAUCUUUGCAAAUUGUAUAUUCUGCUUAAAAGUCAAGUACUUACCUCGUCAGCAGAAGAAAAAGCUGCAAACUGAUAUUAAGGAAAAUGGCGGAAAGUUUUCCUUUUUAUUAAACCCUCAGUGCACACACGUCAUCGUUGACAGUGCUGACGUCCUGAGCCGGUGUCAUCUGAACUCCAUCCAGAAGAACGAUGUCCAGAUAGCAAACCCAGCCUUCAUCGAGGACUCGGUCAGACAGCGCAGACUCCUGGAUGUGAAGAAUUACGAUCCCAUGUCGCCGGCUGGGGCAGCGCCUCCAGCUGAAAAGAUCAGUUCCAGUGAACUCGUCCUGCCGAGCGCUCACUAUGUUAUACAUGAAGUGCAAAUAGAAGAUCCGCCUUUGGACAACACCCCGGAGAAAGAAAACAUCGAAGUCGUUGAGGUCUCUGCGGAGAAUGUUGAAAUUCCUCCCUUUCUUCAGGACUUUGAAGUUGUGAAAUAUAACGUCUUGAAAAAAAUGGGAGCAGACGGAGGCCCAGAGACGGUGGUGGUGGAGCUGCAGAGCUCCCGAGACCCGGGGAGCUCCCCCUUUGUGAUAGCAGCACACUUCCUCCUGGCUGAACAAAAGACGAGAAGAGCGAGCACUGGAAAGCAAACCUCCAAAGGUGCAAUCGAGUAUUAUGAGAGUUAUGUGGAAGACCUGAAGAGACAAGGAUUCCUGCUCCAAGAGCACUUCACGGCCGAAGCAACGCAGUUAGCAUCCGAGAAGCUGCAGGCAUUGCUUUUGGAGGAGGUCAUAAGUUCAGGUACCCUGAGCCAGGAGGUGACUGAUUUUCUGGAGGUGAUCUGGACAGAAGCUCUGGGCCACCUGGAGCACACGCUCCUCAAGCCAGUGAACAGCAUGAGCCUGAAUGACGUGAGUAAAGCGGAAGGGAUUCUCCUUCUGGUAAAGACAGCACUGAAGAAUGGAGACUCUCUGGAGCAACUGCGGAAGACAAUGGCCGAGUUCUACCGGUUGCUGCCUCACAGACAUCCAGCUUCAGAGGAAGUUAACCUGAGGCUGUUAGCUCAGAAAGAGGACCUUUGUCAGCUGGUAAGAGACAUGGUGAAUGUUUGUGAAACUAAUUUAUCCAAACCCAACCCACCAUCUCUUGCCAAAUACCGAGCUUUGAGAUGCAAAAUCGAGCAUGUUGAAGAGAACACUGAAGAAUUUUCCAGGGUUAGGAAAGAAGUGUUGCAGAGCAGUCGAAGUGAAGGCCCCAUCGAUGUCUUGCAGAUAUUUAAAGUUGGCCGAGUGAAUGAAGCUAUGGAGUUUGUGAGUAACCUGGGCAACGUGCAAGCCCUGUUCCAUGGAUCUCCUGUGCGGAACAUUCUCGGAAUCUUGUCCCGAGGGCUGCUCUUACCUAAGGUAGCGGAAGACCGCGGUGUGCAAAGAACAGACGUUGGAAAUCUGGGGAGCGGGAUCUACUUCAGCAACUCACUCAGUACGAGCAUUAAGUACGCACAUGCAGGAGAGACAGAUGGCUCCAGGCUCCUGGUCAUCUGUGACGUUGCCCUGGGAAAGUGUAUGGACUUAUUCAAGAAGGACUUUUCUUUAACUGAGGCGCCACCAGGCUAUGACAGUGUGCAUGGAGUUUCGAAAACAGCCUCUGUACCCACAGACUUUCAGGACGAUGAAUUUGUUGUAUAUAAAACCAAUCAAGUUAAAAUGAAAUACAUUGUUAAAUUUUGCAUUCCUGGAGAUCAAAUAAAGGAAUUCCAUCCUCAUGAAAACACUGAAUUAGAGGAGCACAGAGCUGAGCUCUCAAAUGUUCCAGAGGUUGAAGAUUUCCAGUUACCAGAUGUCAAGUCCCUCAAAGACGUCAAAGCCGGCCUUCAGGACGCGUCUGCAAAUCCUGUCCCUCUUGAAAGUGUUCACAUCAGGGGAAGAAUAAUAGACUUUGUAGCCCAGGUCAUUGUUUUUCAGACAUACACAAAUCAAAGCCACGUGCCUAUUGAGGCAAAAUACAUCUUCCCAUUGGACGACAAGGCAGCUGUGUGUGGCUUCGAGGCCUUCAUCAACGGGAAGCACAUAGUGGGAGAGAUAAAGGAAAAAGAAGAAGCCCGGCAGGAAUACCGAGAGGCUGUCAGCCAGGGCCAUGGUGCUUACUUGAUGGACCAGGACACUCCGGACGUCUUCACUGUAAGUGUUGGAAACUUACCCCCUCGGGCUAAAGUUCUCAUCAAAAUCACCUACAUCACGGAACUCAGCAUCCAAAGUCCCGUGGCCAUCUUCUUCAUCCCUGCCACUGUAGCGCCCUGGCAACAAAACAAGGCAUUGAAUGAGAACCUUCAGGACACAGUGGAGACGAUUCGUAUAAAAGAAAUCGGAGCAGAGCAAAGCUUCUCCCUGACCAUGUCCAUUGAGAUGCCCUACAUGAUUGAAUUCAUUUCCAGUGACACACAUGAGCUGAGACAAAAGAGCACAGACUGCAAAGCUGUAAUUAGCACCGUGGAAGGCAGCUCCCUGGACAGCAGUGGAUUUUCUCUCCUCAUUGGUUUGCGUGAUGCAUAUCUCCCAAGAAUGUGGGUUGAAAAACAUCCAGAAAAAGAAAGCGAGGCCUGCAUGCUUGUCUUUCAACCGGAGCUGGCAGACGUCCUCCCUGACCGCCGUGAAAAGAACGAAGUGAUUAUCUGUCUUGACUGUUCCAGUUCCAUGGAGGGCGUGGCAUUCACACAAGCCAAGCAGAUCGCCCUGUAUGCUCUGUCUUUGCUGGGCGAGGAGCAGAAAGUCAACGUUAUGCGGUUUGGCACAGGUUACAAGGAACUAUUUUCAUAUCCUAAGUGCAUCACGAACAAUAAAUUGGCCACGGAGUUCAUUAUGUCUGCAGCACCUUCCAUGGGGAACACAGACUUCUGGAAAGUUCUCCGCUAUCUUAGUUUCCUGUACCCUUCAGAAGGGUUGCGGAACAUUCUCCUCAUAUCCGAUGGCCACCUUCAGAGUGAGAGUCUGACCUUGCAGCUCGUGAAAAGAAAUAUCCAGCACACCAGAGUGUUCACCUGCGCUGUUGGUUCUACAGCGAAUCGUCACAUCCUAAGGACCUUGUCUCAGUGUGGUGCUGGAGUGUUUGAGUAUUUUAACUCAAAAUCUAAGCACAGUUGGAAAAAACAGAUAGAAGCCCAAAUGGCCAGGAUACACUCCCCAAGUUGUCACUCCGUCUCUGUGAAGUGGCAGCAGCUUAGCAGAGAUGCCCCUGAGCCCCUGCAGGCUCCCACGUGCGUGCCCUCCUUGUUUCACAAUGAUCGACUCCUGGUCUAUGGAUUCAUUCCUCAUUGUACACAGGCAUCCCUGUGUGCAUUCAUCCAAGAGAAAGAAUUUUGCACAAUGGUGUCAACUACAGAGCUUCAGAAGACAACUGGGACUAUGAUUCACAAGCUGGCAGCCCGAGCCCUAAUCAGAGAUUACGAAGACGGCAUCCUCCACGACAACGAAACCAACCACGAGAUGAAGAAAAACAUCAUGAAAUCUCUGAUCAUCGAACUCAGUAAAGAAAAUUCUCUUAUUACACAAUUUACAAGCUUUGUGGCAGUUGAGAAAAGGGACGUUAAUGAGGUUCCUUUGGCUAACGCCCCAAGUAUUUCAGAACUUGUUGCCAAAGAAGAUGUAGACUUUCUACCAUACGUGAGUUGGCAGGAAAAGCAGCCUGAGACCUUCACAUCACAGCCCUUCUCCAUCUCUUCUGAAGGGAAUGAGGAACUGUCACUGCUGACUGCUGCUAAAAAAUGUAAAGUAAAGACUAGAAAGAUGCGUAAUCUAAAAGUUUCCGAAGAUUUUGAAGGAACGCCCGCGAUGGCACAGUCACCCACAACAGCGCAGUCUGACUUCCACCUGCCUCUCAGUGUCUGCCCACAGCCGGUGAAGCUAAAGAAAGGAAGAAAAUUUCAAAAACUGCGUAUGGCAGAUGAGCCUCGAAAGGCGCCUGUUUCCAUGGUUUCUUCUGCUCCGGCAGUCACAGCUGGGUUUUCUUUCCUUUCUGCUCGUCAUUCCAGUUCUGCCUUCCUAUCUCCUCUCUGCAACAUCAGUCUUCCGCCUCCUCCUCCUCCUCUCCCUGGUACUACUGCCAGCCCCCCUCCUCCCCCUCCCUCUCUCUUUGGUGGUACCCAUCUUCCUCCCCCUCCCCCUCCUCCUCUCCCUGCUGGCACCCACCCUCCUCCCCCUCCCUCUCUCUUUGGUGGUACCCAUCUUCCUCCCCCUCCCCCUCUUCCUCUCCCUGCUCGCACCCACCCUCCUCCCCCUUCCUCUCUCUUUGGUGGUAACCAUCCCCCUCUCCCUCCCCCUCCCCCUCCUGGCACACAAUUUUCUCUUUCUCCUGUAGGAUUCAUCCCAACUAACUCGUGUCGACCUAUGUCCAACUAUAGCCAUAAACUUGCUAAAGCUACAGACAUCUGUGACUCAGAGCCACCUCUCAGGGGCUUUAGGGGUGCCAGCCCUAAGGAUACGAGCUCUAGGGGUACGGGCUUUAGGGGUGGUACUUUCUCUGAUAGCUUCGCUGGUUCAAAGGAUUUUGAUCCAGGUAAAUUUUCCCAAGACCUCAACAACAUCGUCUCCUCUCCCAAAGCCCCUGAGCUGGCUGCUACUCAGAGGUCACCUUUACGCAGUCCUCCUAAACCACUUUCUGUCCCUCCUCUAGUCGUCUGUGAGUUUAGCUCUGAGCUUCCCCAGAGCCAUUCUUUUCACUUUCAAAGUGGCUCAGUCCACCGGAGCCCUAAUUACAGAAUGUCAGACAUGGCGUCACUUCGGUCAGCUCUCUCAUUAGAUUAUUCUGCGUGGGACUGCGUUCUAGAAGAGGCUGACUCACUGGAUGGAGGUUCUUUCGAAACGGAAACAGAUGAAGCAGCAGCAUAUACAGCAUGCGAGUUUUUAACAAGUAUGGAGACUCCCUCACAUGAGGAAUUUGUCAUCGGUGAUGAUGAAGGCCGGCAGAGUCCCGUGUCGUGGACUUCACUCUUUGCUCUACAGACUGAGGAUGGUUUUUGGAAAUUGACACCAGAACUAGGACUAAUACUAAAACUUAAUGUAAAUGCUCUGCUCAAUUCUCUUGAAGAGAAGGGCAUUCGAUCUCUAGGUACAAAAGGAAGAGAGCGUCUUCUGGACCUGAUUGCCACUUUACUCGUACUGCAGUUUCUUUAUACCAAGUUGGAACAAGAAGGAAUGGCUGCCAAAUCUCUGAUAAAGAUGGAUGACGUCCUCAUUUCUAGGAAUAUUCCAUGGGCUUUUGAGAACAUAAAGAAAGCAAGAGAAUGGGCCAGAAGAACAGAAGGACAGUAUCCAUCUAUUUGCCAACGGCUUGAGCUGGGUAAAGACUGGGAGUCAGCUACAAAGCAACUACUGGGAAUUCAGCACCAAGGCAACACUUCCCUUCACCGAAUUCUACACUACAGUCAAGGCUGAAGCCAAUGGAAUUGCACUGUAAACCUUUCUCAUAAAUCUUUUGUUGCUCUUUUGGUUUUGUUUUUUCAAGACACGGUUUCUCUGUGAAGCCCUGGCUGUCCUGGAACACACUCUGAACAGCAGGCUGGCCUCACAUUCAAGGGACCUGCUGGCCUCUGCAUUCCAAGUGCUGGGUUUAAAGGUGUGUGCACCACUGCCCUGCUGCCUUUCUCAUAUUUAGAAAAUAAUCAAAUAGUAAAAGGUAUCAAUAAUGACAUGUAAUCUGUUUUAAGUGUAGCUAUCAUCUCCUUUAAAAUAAAAUUAAUGGAAAGAAUUGAUUAAUCAUUUAACGACAAUAAAAGCUGUAAGAACUAG